AUGCCUGCUGCAAACAAAAAGCUAGCUCCUGAGAAGGAGAGAUUCAUCCAAUGUUGUGGUGAUAUUUCUUUGGAGCUCGUGGCGUCCUUGAAAAAUUCCCAGAACAUCAACUUGAAUGGACUUAUAACCAGAUACGCUAAGAAGUACAAGUUGAAAAACCAGCCAAGACUAACAGAUAUCAUCUCUUCAAUCCCAGAUCAACACAAGAAAUACUUGAUUCCAAAGCUCAAAGCAAAGCCAGUGCGUACCGCCUCUGGUAUUGCUGUUGUGGCAGUGAUGUGUAAACCACAUAGAUGUCCUCAUAUCGCUUACACCGGAAACAUCUGUGUAUACUGCCCAGGUGGCCCUGAUUCCGACUUUGAGUAUUCGACGCAAUCUUAUACCGGCUAUGAGCCCACCUCGAUGCGUGCAAUCAGAGCACGUUAUGAUCCGUAUGAGCAAGCGAGAGGUCGUAUUGAGCAGCUUAGGCUGUUGGGACAUUCUAUUGAUAAGGUGGAGUAUAUUAUCAUGGGAGGUACGUUCAUGUCGCUCCCGAUUGAAUAUAGAGAGACUUUUAUCACACAAUUGCAUAAUGCUUUGUCGGGCUAUAAUGGAAAUGAUAUCGAUGAAGCCAUCAGUUACUCACAGCAGUCCCAAACAAAGUGUGUCGGUAUUACCAUUGAGACCAGACCCGAUUACUGUACAGAAACACACUUGAGUGACAUGUUAAAGUACGGUUGUACUCGUUUGGAGGUGGGAGUGCAAUCUGUCUAUGAGGAUGUUGCCCGUGACACAAACAGAGGCCAUACUGUGAAGGCAGUGUGCGAGACGUUUGCAGUCGCAAAAGAUGCUGGCUACAAAGUUGUCAGUCACAUGAUGCCAGAUUUACCAAACGUGGGCAUGGAAAGAGAUCUUCAACAGUUUGUGGAAUACUUCGAGAAUCCUGCUUUCAGAACUGAUGGUCUAAAAAUCUAUCCAACUUUAGUCAUCAGAGGAACAGGUUUGUACGAAUUGUGGAAGAAAGGCUUGUAUAAAUCGUACAACGCAAACGCUUUGAUCGAUCUAGUUGCUCGUAUCAUGGCUUUGGUCCCACCUUGGACUCGUAUCUAUAGAGUUCAAAGAGAUAUACCGAUGCCUCUCGUUACAUCUGGUGUUGAAAACGGUAACUUGCGAGAGCUUGCAUUGGCCAGAAUGAAGGACUUUGGAACAACAUGUCGUGAUGUGAGAACAAGAGAAGUUGGUAUACAAGAAGUUCAUCACAAAGUCUCGCCGGAUCAGGUGGAACUCAUAAGAAGGGACUAUUACGCAAAUGGUGGAUGGGAGACAUUCUUAUCUUACGAAGAUCCAAAGCAAGAUAUUUUGAUUGGAUUGCUAAGGUUGAGAAAAGCACUGAAGAAACACACAUACCGCAAGGAAUUCACAUCGCAACCAACUUCGAUCGUCAGAGAGCUACAUGUUUAUGGGUCUGUAGUGCCGUUGCAUUCUAGGGAUCCAAGAAAAUUCCAGCAUCAAGGAUUUGGUACUUUGCUAAUGGAGGAGGCAGAGAGAAUUGCAAGAGAGGAGCACAGAACAAAGAAAAUAUCUGUCAUCUCUGGUGUCGGUGUCCGUAACUAUUAUGCAAAGCUAGGUUACGAGUUGGAUGGCCCAUUCAUGUCAAAAACACUUGACUAA